AUGUUGCGCUCAGCAUCUUCAGCAGUCAAGACUGCGGCUCAGACCCGCUCAGCAUCGCAUGCUCGACUUCUUUCUUCGUCCGCUGUUCGAUUGCGCAGUGAUGACUCCAAGGCCACACCGCCACCACGCAGCACCACCAGUGCUAGUCUUAGCCACCCCACAACUUCCUCCUCUUCAGUUUCGACAGCAUCGACCACCAAACCAGUCCAAAUCUCAUACAACCCUCCCAACAAAGGCACAACAGGCGGUGGGUCCAUCACUCUCAAUCUCCCACCGCAACUAGUCCAAGCCAUGUCACGCAAGAAAACAGGCGCUCCCACCAAGACCUCUUCCGCACGCGCCAAAGCUCAAGCUUCGAAAGCGCUUCGACAGACAUUACCCGAACCCACCACGGGAGAAGUAUAUGCUUGGGCUACCGCUCAUUCCUAUUCCUUCUCAGAGUUGGUCAUGUCAGGGAGAUUGCCGCCGAACUAUCAGAUCUUUGAGGAUAAUGAAGUGAUUCAUAUCCCGCAGUGGCCUGUUCCUUCAACGCCUGGCUCAACAUCCAAAGUCAAUGACCAUGCGGCCGCAGGCUCGUCGUUGGGUAGGGGAGAGGUGUUUAUUUUCAGAUCGGGAUCGUAUGUUACUUGGGGUCUGGAUGAGGAGCAGAGUCAACGGUUCUUGAGGAAUGUCAUUCAGGGUAGAGAUCUUCAGUAUCAGGUGGAAGUGGGAAGAUACCCGCAGAUUGGUGAUGAGGCCAUGGAUUAUCUCUAUGCUUCAUCACAGUUGACACGAGCCCAGGGUGAUAUUAUUGUCAUUGGUCAACCACCGAAGACUUUCGACGCUGAAGCCGAAUCCUCUUCUGAAGAAGCGACUCCAGUAGAAGAGACCGAAUCAUGCGAAGGAACCCCUUCCACCACUACUUCCCAAAAUCCCUCGCCUGAUGCAACUUCCUCAACCCCCUCCUCUGGCGCCGCUCCAUCAACCCCAUACACAUCAUUCGGCACAGAAUGGACCCCCACCCUAGCCCGUCUCGCCUUCUCCCAAGGUCUCGCUCGCUCCGCCCGUCUCUCAGUCCAAGAAUCCGCCCUAUCCCGCUUCCUUUCCACCAUAUCCACCAUCCCUGCACAACUCGAAACCUCUGGCUCAGUCCCUCUCUCCCGCACCUCGACAAUCAAACACAUGGGCACACUCCUUCGUCUCCGCCAAACCGCCAACCUGGACCGCGACAAUUUCUAUGACGAACCAGAAGUAUACUGGGAAAACUCCAAGAUGGAAGAUCACUAUCGCUCCAUUUGCGCCAAUCUCGAUAUCGGUCAAAGGUUCGAAACAUUGAAUGGGAAAUUGGAUCAUUGUGAGAAUCUGCUAGGGGUAGUGAGGGCAUUGUUGACGGAGAAAACGACACAUAGGAUGGAGUUGAUUAUCAUCGGAUUGAUUGCCUUUGAGGCUGGGUUGGCGUUACUGGGGCAUGGUUGGGUUCCAACGCCCGGCAAUGUCAAGGGUUGGUGGCGGGAUAUUAAGGAUUACUUUGCUCCAGCAGUGGAGGGGUUGGAGAAGGUAGAAGAAGGGUUGGAGACGACGUUGGAUCCCGAUCUGGUUCAGAGAACUUCGGACGCCACUCCUCAUCUGGUCUAG